GAUUCAUAAAGAUUCUAAGAUUUUUCUUAGAUUUCCUACUUAAGUACUAAAAAAAUUCUUAGCUAAGAAAAAUACUUAAGUAUCAAUUCAUAAAAAAGUUAAGCACUGUUCUUAGCUAAGUACAGUUCUUAGUAAUUUAGAAAACUUAAGUUGAGUCACCCUAGCAACGCAUAGUAUUUCCCAAACUAAAGGUGGAACUCUUGUGCGAUGGAGGUCGUAUUUUUAACAUGUUUUACGUCACAUCUGUCAAAUUUCGCAGACGUAAACAUGGAAAGCCACAAACUCAAACGAAAGCCAAACUGGAGUAGUGAGGAGUCCUUGGCACUCACUACUCUUGUUGAAGAAUACAAGGAUGUUGUGAGAGGGAAACUAAGUCCCCAGUUAACCUCUCAAAUGAAGUCGAAAGCGUGGGGGGAGAUUGCGGUAAAACUUCGUGCUAUGAGUGUUGGGCCAACUCGAACGGCAGCAGAAGUUGAGAAAAAGUGGCACAACAUCUUCUCGAAGACAAAAACGGAGAUUUCCAACCACAGACGUAUAAUUACUGGUACAGGUGGUGGUCCUCCUCCGAAGUCAUUGAGUGCUGUAGCGGAAGCUGUUACUAGUGUAAUUGGGGCAAAUAACACUUACCUGAUGGGUAUAGAGGGAGGCAUUGAUACGUCCCUGCUAAACCUAGAUAUAGUUGGUGAUGAAUCUGUGGGAAUCCAUGUAAUUGAAGGACCUCCAGAUACAGAUCCCCACAUUCUUGGAUCAACUCCCCUAGAAGUAACAUCUGUCCUGGAGUCUUCAUUGCCAUUGGUAACCUCAGGCAAUAGCAGCAGGGACAUUAACCUGAAAAGAAAAAUGGAAGAACUAACUUGCAGGAAGCUGGAACUAGAAGUCCAGUAUUUGGAAAUGAAAAUAAGAAAGCUUAAAAAAGAGGAAUGAACCAUCCUUAGAUUAAGAGACUGAUCAAUAUUUUUGCUGUUGUUUGUCAGCAUCUUCAGGCAGUUCAGAUUCAAGUAUUCAAAUUCAUGGCCACUGUGGUUAGGGUGAGACCAGAGUAGGGGAAACAUUUCAUAUGUGACUAUCAGAAUAUGAUAUAUUUUAAAAACUAUUUUCUCAAUAGAAUCAAAGUUGCAAGCAUUGUCGAAUGUUCAUAUUAGUUCAUUUUGUGAACCCUGAGUGUAGGAUAGGGCCACAAUAAGGGAUCAGAGUUGUACAUGGGAUUAUAUAUUUAAGUUUAAUUUUAAGUCUUUAAAAAUCUUCUUAUGCACUGCUAGCUAUGAUUAUAGUCAUGAUGAUAAGCAAGCAUCCUCUGCUAUUGUAUAUUCAGUUUAUUCAAAUCAUGGCUCUAGAGGGUACAGUGGGGCCACAACAAUGGAUCAGAUUUUUACAUGUCAAUAUAUUGGAAACAUUUUUUUAGAAAUCUUUUAAAGAACUGCAGGGCCAUGGUUAUCAUAUCAAUGUAGUAUAGGAAGAGGAGAACAAUUAUAAGAACAACUUAACAGAUAACAACCCAAAAACAAACUGUAACUUUUUUCUUACUGUGUGUUACGAUUUUUUAAUAACUGUAAAUCUUAUAUGACUUUUUAAGGAAAUUUUGCAUAUUCAUAUAAACUGUUAAUUUUUUCAGUUUCCAUAAAGUUUGAUAGUUUGUGACAUUGUUUAUCAAAGAAUUAUUUCAUUCUCAUUACUAUAUAUAAGUCAAAUUGAAUCCCUAAAAUUGAUUGUUUUUCAUUGCAAUGAGUUGUCAUUACAUGAAUGACUAUAUAUAUAUGUGACUUAAUUGUCCAAAAUUUAUUGUUUUACAUUAAUUAUGAGUAUCAUAUUACAGAUAUAACUAUAUCGACAAAUUUCUGUUACAACAUAUUUUUAAAAUAAUUUACAAGACAUACAAUUAGUACUUGUAUAUGGUAACUGUUAAAACUCUGCUCGCUCUUAUGAAAUUUGUAAAUGUGAAGUUUGUGUAUGUGUGAUACCAGAAUUUUUGCAUUCUGAAGAAAACAUGAAUGAAAAGUAUUUUUUUUUUAAUUUAGUUGCACACUGUAUACCAGUAAAAUAUAUGAAAUAUAAUAUCUGCCUUUGACUGUUAUUCAUGAAAAUUAUUUAUCAAUUUAUUUGACUCAACUUUGUAUAAUUCUUAAACUAAAUAAAUUGAUGAUCAUGAUAAAACACA